AUGGAAAAGAGAAAUAUUCUUCGCUGCUGGAGUCAAAACAAUUUGGCGGGAUGUCCUGAGGGAUUUGCAUGUGGUUUCCAUGGUGAAUCCCUGACAAAGUGCAUCAACAACAUGGCAGAAUCGAGGGUGGCCAGGAAGAAACUCUCCGCAACUGCUUGCAUUUGCCUGCUGUCGCGCCUCAAGUGUCAGGAGAACUACCUGGCGAACGUGCAGACGCCGCUGGAGGUGCACUUCCCGGAGGACGAGGAUGCGCCGGAGGAGCGGAAGCUCCUGGCAGAGAUUGACGUGCUGCGAGAUCGAUUGACGGUGAACUUUGUGGCUGGAAAGGUCACGGCGCAGCACACAGUGGCGUCAAUUCGGGGUGGAAUUGAGGAGUUCAAGUCGAUGGGCGCCAAUAUUCAGCAGCACGACUUGAAGGAUUACAGAGAGAGAAUUCUGCAGAUUGAGGAGAAUCUCACGCGUGUCCAGAACACGAAUAAGUUGAAUUACGGGAAGAUGAAAUUCGAAAAUAUGGACAUUGUGGCCACAAUUCCGCCGACAGUGGAUUUGCUGAAGGAUGAGGCGAAGAGGCACCAGAAUGUGCCCAACAGAGUGACACAGAUGCGUUCUGGAACACUGAAACCGGUGGAUGAAGGUGUGUACAAGGACGUGAAGAUGUUCGAUCAGUUCCUGGAGGACUUUGGUGGUCACACUGGCGGUUGGGGUGAAGAACAGCAUGUGAUCUUUGUGCGGAGCAAAUCCAAAUACAUGGGAAAUCUGCGGAGGAUCACAGAAACACUCCUGGAACAGCUGCCGGGAAUGACACCAGAGGACAUUGAGGGUCAUGAUAAGUGGUAUGAGGAGUAUAUGAGACUCAAGGCGAACAGGAAGAAGAGCCUCGAGGACUGGAGAAAGUCAAAGUGA